UUAUGAGCAGCUGACAGUCGCCUGACUGGACAAACGGCAAGUCAUAACUUCAGUCAGCUAUAUAAGAAUGUCUCUCUAACACAGCCCUGCAUCACCUACAGGUGGAAAUACCUUACACUUCACAUCAACAAGUCAGGAUGAAGCUGUUUCUGAUUGCUGCUGCUCUGGCCGUGGCCAGCUGUGCCUCCAUCUCUCUGGAAGACCUGGAAUUCCAUGCCUGGAAACUCAAGUUUGGAAGGUCCUACAACUCCCCGGUAGAGGAGGCUCAGCGCAGGGAAAUCUGGGUCACCAACCGCAGACUGGUAGUGGUGCACAACAUCAUGGCUGAUCAGGGCAUCAAGUCCUACCGCCUUGGCAUGACCUACUUUGCUGACUUGGAAAAUGUAGAGUACAGACACCUGAUUUCCAAGGGUUGCCUCGGCUCCUUCAACACUUCUCUGCCUCGCACUGGCUCUGCUUUCCUCCGACUGCUUGGAGUAACCGAUCUGCCCAAAAGUGUUGACUGGAGGGAUAAGGGAUAUGUCACUGAUGUCAAGGAUCAGAAGCAGUGUGGUUCCUGCUGGGCCUUCAGCACAACUGGCUCAAUGGAGGGUCAGACCUUCAGGAAGACAGGGAAGCUGGUGUCUCUGAGCGAGCAGCAGCUGGUGGACUGCUCCAGUGACUAUGGAAAUUAUGGUUGUAAUGGAGGACUGAUGGACAACGCUUUUAAGUACAUUAAAGCCAACGGAGGGAUAGACACAGAGGAUUCCUACCCUUAUGAGGCUGAGGAUGGACAGUGCCGUUACAACCCUAACAUGGUUGGUGCCAGUUGCACAGGCUACGUUGAUGUGAACCAAGGAGACGAAGAUGCUUUGAAGGAAGCUGUGGCCACCAUCGGACCUGUGUCUGUGGCCAUUGACGCUUCUCAGCCAUCCUUCCAGCUGUAUCACUCAGGAGUGUAUGAUGAGCCAGAUUGUAGCAGCUCAGAGUUGGACCACGGUGUUCUGGCUGUUGGUUACGGCAGUGACAAUGGACAGGACUACUGGCUGGUCAAAAACAGCUGGGGCCUAGAAUGGGGAGACAAGGGAUACAUCAUGAUGAGCAGGAACAAACACAACCAGUGUGGCAUCGCUGCUGCGUCCAGCUACCCCCUGGUCUGAGCAGGUCCAGAAAAGUCCUAAAUGAGGUGGAAGAAAAUGAUGCAGAUUUUGCUUACAUUUAAUAAAGAAACUGAGUUAUGGAAAAAUAUGUCAUAUUGUUGUUUCAAUGUCUUUCUGCACUUUAAAUGCAAUAAAUGUAGCGUAAAAUAAACUGAUUUAAAAAUAAACAAUUAUACUUCAA